CGAAAGUUUGUUUGUUUGCGGUCGAAAUCAAGAGGCAAAUUAUUUUUUUCUUUAAAUAAAAUAAAAUUACGAAUAUUGUGCAGUGAUAUAUUGCUCGAGUGACAAUGGCAGCGAACCGUGAGCGACGUGCCAAUGCCGGAAACCGGAUCGCCAAGCUGCUGGACGAGGAAGAGGAGGACGAAUUUUACAAAACGGCUUACAACGGCGGUUUUCACGAUACGGCGGAUGAUCGGGAUUACAUUCAAAAGAACGACGAUGAUGAUGACAUCGUGGACUCGGAUUUUUCUAUUGACGAGAAUGACGAACCCGUGUCGGACCGCGAGGAAGAGUCCGCUCCCAAGCGCAAAAAGAAGGCCGUCAACACGCGAGCGUACAAGGAACCCGUGGCGAAGAAGAAAACACCGGUGAAGGCACCCAAAGAGGCGCGGCCCCGUGCCGAGCGGCAAAAAUCGCCCAAGUACACUGUGCAGGAUUCCGGCCGAAAAUCGUUCCGCAAGACCACGGCGGCCAAGACGGCAGCGACACUUGUUCGGAUCAAGCAGCGGGUUGAAGCGGAAAAGCGGAAGCCGAAGGUGGUCAAGAUUGACGAGUACAUUCCGACGCAGGAGGAACUGCUCGAGGAGGCGGAGGAAACGGAGAAGGAAAAUCUAAAGUCGUUGGAAAAAUUCCGGAAAAUGGAGCUCGAAAAAAAGAAGACCCGGCCCACGAAGCGGGUUUUCACUGGUCCCAUUAUAAAGUAUCAGUCGUUAACAAUGCCGUUAGUGGAGGAAUUGCAGGCAGGUUCGAGUGUGGAUUCGUUAGCCAAAAUGGAACAUGAUGAAAUGGAUGAAUUGAGGGAUAAAAGUAGCGGCAAAGAAAAGCAAAGCAAAAAGAGCGGCAAUCGGAAAUCGACCAAAGUGGCCGUCAGAGGGCACUGCGAGCGCACCUUCAUCACGUUUGAAAAUGAUCUGGACGACGCCCUGUUCGGUACGUUCUUCCCCAAGCCACAGAAACGGGAACGUCGCAGCCAGAUUUGUGCCAUCACGCGACUUCCGGCCCGGUACUACGAUCCGGUCACGCAGCUGCCCUACCGGAACCUGCAGGCGUUCAAGAUUCUCCGCGAGGCUUACUACCAGCAGCUGGAGGACAGAGGCAACCCGGACAAUCCGGACGUGAGCAAGUGGCUUGAGUGGCGCAAGCGAAUCAAAGAGUACAGACUGAAGAGUUUAAACAAAAAUAGUUCAUUGAUGGGAAUGAUUUCCGGAAGCAACUAGAAUUGUGCGUGUGUUUGUUUAAACAAUUUCUCAUUAUGAUUAAUUACGAAAAAAAAAUUGCUUUAAAAAAA